AUGGCGAAAGCUCACACCUUUGCAUUCGUGUUCCCCAUGGCCUCCGGCCAUAUCAAUCCAUCCUUGGGCGUUGCUCGAUGCCUUGUUGAGCGGGGCCAUCGCGUGCACUACCUGUGCCGACCACAAAUGCAGGCAGCAAUUGAGGACACUGGUGCCAAGUUCCACUCAGAAAUUGAUGUGCAGCCGGAGCUUUACGUCGGCAGGGAGCCAGACAUGAUUGGCGCAAUUGCCUCUCUGCAAGAUGAGUACGGACUCACCAGCCAGGGCUACGUCCGCGGGCGCAUGAUUCUGAAGGAGAUCAUGUCGGAAAUGAUGCUGCCCGGCACUCUGCGUUGGUUGCAGGAGAUCGGUGCGGAUGUGGUUGUUUGCGAUCCGCUGAUCAACCUGGAGGCAUCUUUGGCUGCCAAGCUGGCAGGUCUGCCAUGCGCGAGCAUCCUGACCAUUGCUGGGCCAGGUGCUGGCCAACCUGCCUGGCAAAACAUCCUUGAUGCUGCCGGGUUGACGGUGGAGCAGAUGCUGGAGCAGCGUCGGCAGUUUGAGCCUUUGAGGGACUGCUUGCAGCGCCUGAAUGCACGAGGUCUUCCCCUUGGUGUAGAAGACACUCUGAAACCAGUUGGUCUGCUCCCUGCCAUGGCUCUGAGCCAGUUGACCCUCGUAACGACUUGCGAGUUCCUCGCCGACCCCUAUCCCGCGGACCUACGCGAGGCGUACGACAGGGCAGGUGCCAACUUCACGUUUGUGGGCCCGUUGCUCGACAAGCCUGGUGCCAAACGGGCCGCCGGCCUUCGUUUCGAUGCCUCGCUCCACAAGGACAACGAGGACACGGCAAGCUCUGAACAGGAUCCGGUUGAGCUCGUUCAGGAGGCACGCAAGGCCGGUCGCAAGGUGGUGCUGGCCAGCUUGGGCACCAUGGUGACCGGAGACAACAAACAACUGGGCUGGAGCGCUCGUCCGGUUGUGGACGGGGAGCCUCGGGGCCUCACGGGCAAGGAGCUUUGCCAGGCAGCCUGGGCUGGAGUUUUCGAUGCCUUCGGUUCGGAUUCCUCAGAGGCUGGGCCUCUGAUCCUCGUGGCUUUGGGGCCCCAGCCCGAUGCCUUGGAUGAGUUGACGGCCCCGCCGAACGCGUUUUGCGCCCCUUCCGUGCCCCAAGUGGACGUCCUGCGUGCGGGCGUGGACGUUUUCCUGCAGCAUGGUGGCCAGAACAGCUUCAUGGAAGCCCUCUCCACCAGCGUCCCCAUGGUUGUGUGCCCCGGCUUCGGCGAUCAGAUUGAAAAUGCAGCCAAGGCAGAGUCGCUUGGCGUAGGUCUCAAGGUGGACCGCCCGAUGGGUCCUGUGGACAAGGCAUCCACCCAAGCAGCCGCUUAUCGUGAGGCAGCUGCAGCCUGUCUUCGGAAAGUUCUCGAUCAGCCUUCCUACAAGGCCAGAGCCCUGGCGUGUGCCGGGAAGCUCGAUGCUGCUGGCGGCGUGCCCAGGGCGACAGAGCUUCUUCUGGAACUGGCCGAGGACAAGAGCGAAGAGGCAGGCAAGGGGCAGCAAGAAGCGGUGGCGAAUCAUGCGAGCCUUGCUGCUGCUGGUGCAUAA